AUGGUCUCCAUCAAUGGGAAUGGCAUCGAGCCCCCAAACAGCACGCUAUCCUCGGCGACUUCCGCCGCGGCGCUUGUGGUGGACCACUAUGCUGCUCAGCUCUUCACAGAUGCACAGAUUUCCGAAAGGCAGUUUCGGCGGACGGCUGACAUGCUUUUCGUUGCCGCCAACCAUACCGUAUGGACGGACGAGCACAGCCAGGUGACCGGCUUUUCAAAGUCGCAGUUUGAGGCCCGUUGGAUGGCCACACUUAGACGCCGGAACGAAUACGUUCGCUUAUUGUCUGUGUUUAUUUCCCGUAAGUUGGACAUUACCGACGCCAUGGUAUACGACCUCUUGCAGCAUUGGGGCGCUCCGAACAAUGAAGGGAUAAUGAACAUGCUCCAAGACCUCUUUCAGCAUCAUUAUGAGGACAUUUGCGAGCCAUUUGAUCCCCGUCCUUCACGGGUAGACCGUUGCAGCGACGUCUACGAAGACAUAAAUAUAGAGUACUUCAUGUAUGUGGUGUACAACCACAAGAGCGUGGCUGACCUGUGGGAUGCGUCGCUGGAGGAGCAUCUCUGGUGUCCCAUCAUGGGGCGUCAUCAGCACGCGGAGAACAUGGACGUGCUCAAGAUUGUCGACUUCGAUUUCGACGGCGGCCAUGACAUUGCCAACGACCUCUUUGGUCCAGUGGAGGCGGGUGAGAGCCGCUACCUCAACAGCGUUUUCGUCGUAGACGGAAGCGCCGAUCCGCACACAUGGGACGUGGCCAACGGGCUGGUGAUGAACGCAGAGCUGGCGCAGCUUGUAAGAGAAGACCGGGCCGCUGUUGUCGCCCGGAUCGACGAUUCGAAUUCUGCUGCCGGCGGCAGUUUUGGCGAUGCCUCGAGUAUCACCACAUCCCUCCAGGUCUUUCAGCACGAGCGGCGGUUUGCAUACUACUUUGUCAUUCUAGACCAGGAUCUGCUCACCAGCGAAGACCGCCCCGACUGGGUCGACGAGCUGCACAACCGCCGCCUGUCGUUCCGCACCGAGGCCCGCCCGAACAUCCGCUACCUCCAGUUCCGGCUCCUCGUCGCGUCGCUCCGUCUCGGACGGCGCCCAGCAUACAAGCCGUUGGAGCGCGUCGCGCUUGCAGACCUGCAGGCCAGCAAGUGGGCGCUGUGGUACCACCUCCCAGACGAAGGCACGGCUUCGGCCAGCACUACCAUCCCUGGGCUGAAGACAACAGACACGCUGGUUUCGGCCGAUACAGGCGUCCCUGUCCGCCGGGCCAUGCUGCUGUACAUCGCCGCUGCUAUCGGUUGCAUGUCCAUAGGAGAGGCCCAGUCGUUCUGGGGUUUCCCGGAGAGCGGUCCGACCGGUACCUACAGUGUCCCGCUCUCGGUGGAUCUGUUUAAGCAAAGCAUCUUGGAUGCCCUUCUCGUCGCGAGCCAUUAUAACGAUCUGGAGCGCGAGGCCUUUGGUGACGAUGCGCCGGCACAGACCAUCAUUUACGGCGACGAUGAUGACGCGGAGGUCUAG